AUGACUCGUAAUCGUCGAACACGUGGGGAAUCUCCUCCGGUUGAGGAUGAUGAUCCUGUGCCUAGGAGAUUUGUUGAUACAUUCGGGCAGUUCUUUCGGCAGUUUGCUGCAGCACUCCCCUGUUCACGCACCGACUAUUCUAUAGAGAGUGCUAGGAAGCACGGGGCCCAGACUUUUGCUUCCGCCACCACACCUAUGGAUGCUCAGCGAUGGCUUGAUAGGAUGGAGAGAGUUUUCUCCCAGAUGGAGCUUCCAGAGGAUAUGAAAGUGAGUUUGGCGGUUCAGUUUCUUGAGGAUUCCGCCUGGCAUUGGUGGAAUGAUAUUGUUAGUGACACUACAAAUGUCGGUCAGAUGACGUGGGCUAUGUUCAAGGCUCAUUUCUAUGGACAGUACUUUAGUGAUGCCCACCUUAAUAGGAUGCAGGACCAGUUCUUGAGUUUGGCAAAGAGGGAUGAUCAGUCAGUGUUGGAGUUUAAGCAGGAGUUUCUAUUCUUGGCUUACCAUGUGCCAGAUUUGGUUCGUACUAAGCAAAGUAAGAUUCGUAGAUUUGUCCUCAGACUUGGAGGAAAGUUUAAGGAUAAAAUGCUAGGCACAUCGUACCGGAGUUUUGGAGAGGCAGUAUCUUAUGCCAUGGACAUCGAGUCGGACUCACCUGUUGGCUUUCACCCUAGGGACCCUGUUGGCCCUAGCCAGGGUCCAUCUAAGAGGACUGCUUCUACAUCCGGUUCUAGAUCCUCAGUAGGCAGUGGAAAGAGUAGUGGUUCCAGUUCGAGGUCCCGUACUAGAUUCAGGGGACGUGAUAGGAGAUUCUCUCUCAGUCAGUUUAGUGGACGACAGUCUGGACAGUUUGAGAGGUCCAAGAGUUAUCAUGGUGGUUCAAGUGGGGCUUCUGCUAGCCAGUCAGCUCAGUUUGGGCAGUAUCAGUCAAUGGGGUGUUUCGAGUGUGGUCAGCAGGAUCACUUCAGGAGGGACUGCCCUCUUUUGACUCAGGGAGCCACAUCUACCCCCACUAAGACUGUUGGUCAGUCCUCUGCCGGUGGUUCUACUAGUGGUGCAUGCACUAGCUCGGUGAUUAAUGCUUUGUCCACCAUGUAUGUUGCAUCGUUUACAUGA